GGACAACAACUUCUCUUCUUUGUUUCAAAUUAUGGGGAAAAUGGCCUCUCUAGUUGCUACUCUUUUAGUGGUUUUAGUGUCACUUAGCUUAGCUUCUGAAAGCUCAGCAAAUUACCAAUACUCAUCUCCUCCACCACCAGUGCAUGUCUAUCCAUCACCACCCCACCAUCCACUAUAUAAGUCUCCUCCACCACACCAUCACCAUCCUGUUUACAAGUCUCCACCACCAUCUGAGAAGCCACACUACCCUCCACACACCCCCGUUUACAAGUCUCCUCCACCACACCAUCACCAUCCCGUUUACAAGUCCCCACCACCUUCAACUCCUGUUUACAAGUCGCCACCACCACCUAAGACGCCACACUACCCUCCACAUACACCAGUUUAUAAGUCUCCUCCUCCACGCCAUCAUCAUCCCGUUUACAAGUCUCCACCACCUCCAACUCCUGUUUACAAGUCACCACCACCACCCAAGGACCCACACUACCCUCCACACACCCCAGUUUACAAGUCACCACCACCACCAACUCCGGUUUACAAGUCUCCACCACCUCCGAAAGAACCACACUACCCACCACAUACACCAGUGUACAAGUCUCCACCACCACCAACUCCAGUGUACAAGUCACCACCACCACCCAAGAGGCCAUACCAUCCUCCACCAACACCAUAUCAUCCCACACCAGUUUAUAAGUCUCCACCACCACCAACUCCAGUGUACAAGUCACCACCACCCCCAACUCCCGUUUACAAGUCACCACCACCACCAGUGAAGCCAUACCAUCCCGCACCAAUAUACAAGUCUCCACCACCCCCAACUCCCGUUUACAAAUCACCACCACCACCAGUGAAGCCAUACCAUCCUGCACCAGUAUACAAGUCACCACCACCUCCAACACCCGUUUACAAGUCACCACCACCACCAGUGAAGCCAUACCAUCCUACACCUGUAUACAAGUCUCCACCACCACCAACUCCCGUCUACAAGUCACCACCACCACCAGUGAAGCCAUAUCAUCCCUCACCAACACCAUACCACCCUACACCAGUAUACAAGUCUCCACCACCACCAACUCCCGUUUACAAGUCCCCACCACCACCAGUAAAGCCAUACCACCCUUCACCAACACCAUACCAUCCUAAACCAGUAUACAAGUCUCCACCACCACCAACUCCAGUCUACAAGUCUCCACCAGCAACCCACUAUGUUUACUCCUCUCCCCCUCCUCCCUACCAUUACUAAGAAGUGACUUUACUAUAUCUGAGGAAAAGCAUAAUGUUGAGCUGAAAGAAAGGCAUUUUCCAUUUUCAAGAAGAAAAUUAUAGUAAAUAAUAAGGCUUACAGAAGAUCAGACGAAGUUCUUUUGUAGCUUUCAUGUUAUCUAAGCAGUCUUAGUGAUAUAUUGUUUUUGCACUCUAUUUUUAUAUAUUACUUUUAUGUGUCUUUGUGUAUGUUUGCUCACUUUCAAUCUUCUUGCAAAAUGCAGAGUUUAUUUAUGAGAUCAUCAUGAAUAAAAUAAGUUAUUACUACUC